AUGGAAGCAGUGACAAUGACUUGUGUAGUUUUAAAGACCCUCCUCAUCUUGUCAAGUCUGAUCUCCCUCAUCUAUUCACAAAACUGCAAGUGGCUCCGUCCUCAACAGGAACAUUUGAACAAGGAGAUCCUUCAGAGCUUCAACCAGAUGAGUCUUCUUGAAAUAACUUAUGCAACUUGCCCACAAAAUGCCACAGUGGUUCCUAGUAUUGAUGAUCUCUACAACAUCUCACAGGUUGAAGAAGCUGCUAUCGCUGCUCGUGACGUUACAAAUCAAACAAUCAGGUUCUAUAAAAGAAACCAUCAGAAACUCCAGUGCAACGAGAAGGCCUGGGAAAGAAUGGAAACGCUUCUCGAUUACCAGCUAAAUUUGCUGGAUGAUUGUAUCCCAGAAGGUGAAGGGAAUCCUCAGUUUCAACAAAACAUAUCCGAAUAUUUCAUUUUAUUACAGAAGAUUGUAAAUGAAGAGUGGCCAUCACAGUUACCUGACUUGGAUCCCAAAGAAAAUCUCUGGUGGAAUUUGAAGACGGCUGUUGGAGCACGGAAACCCAAGUAUAUAACUGAACUGGAGGUCAUUGUUGAUGAGCAAUGGGCUAAGAUUCCUCAGGAAUGCUUGCAAAAGCUGGUGUCUAUGAAAAUGACUUGUGUAGUUUUAAAGACCCUCCUCAUCUUGUCAAGUCUGGUCUCCAUCACCUAUUCUCAAAACUGCAGAUGGCUUCGUCCUCAACAGGAGAAUUUGAACAAGGAGAUCCUUCAAAGCUUCAACCGGAUGAGUCUUCUUGUGACAUCUUCUGGAACCUGCCCACAAAAUCCCACUGUGAUUGUUAAUAUAGAUCAUCUAUUCAAAAUCUCACAGGUCGAAGAAGCUGCUAUCGCUGCUCGUGAUGUUACAAACCAAACAAUCAGGUUCUAUAAAAGAAACCAUCAGAAACUCCAGUGCGAUGAGAAGGCCUGGGAAAGAAUGGAGAAGCUUCUCGAUUACCAGCUAAAUCUGCUGGAUGAUUGUAUCCCAGAAGGUGCAGGGAAUCCUCAGCUUCAACAAAACAUGUCAGAAUAUUUCAUUUUAUUACAGAAGAUUGUUAAUGAAGAGGUGGAUACAUGUGCUCGUACCGUUGUUCAAAUAAACAUCAAGAGGAAUUUACAACUGGCUGCCCUACUAUCCUCUCGAAUGAGAAGAAAGCAUCUCCUGAAAAACAUCUCUGUGCUCUAA